AUGCUCCCAAGUUCAGAAACCGAAUAUGGCUUCACGCCGGUAAUCUCUUCCGCGUCAGCCCUCCUCUCCGCGGCGAAGCCAUCCACCCCAGCGCCUUUUAUUUCCGUAGCCGAUACUCCCGUCCCUCAAACCGCCUUGUCGCAGCGCAUCAAUCACUAUGCGCGCGCCCAUCUGCCUGAACCCACGUACAACCACUCUCUGCGGGUGUAUCACUACGGCCUUGCGAUCAAGCGGCACGUGUUCCCUUCCUGGUCUUUUACCGAUGAGACCUACUUCCUCUGCUGCUUGCUACAUGACAUCGGCUCGACCGAAGAAAAUCUGAACAAGACGAAAUUAAGUUUUGAGUUCUACGGGGGCUUUCUCGCCUUGGACGUCCUUCAGGACCGUACUGGAUCAGCAGGAAAUGCAGUCGCCCCUCGGGAUCAGGCGGAGAGUGUCGCCGAAGCGAUCAUCCGACAUCAGGAUCUUUGUGAAGAAGGCAAGAUCACUGCAGUAGGCCAAUUGCUGCAACUGGCCACUAUAUUUGACAACACCGGUGCUUAUGCCGACAUCGUCCAUCCGUCGACCAUUGAGGACGUGUCACGGCAUUACCCGCGCAAGCAAUGGAGCAAUUGUUUUGCUGCAACUAUUCGCCGGGAGAAUGGGCUUAAGCCGUGGGCACAUACCACGACUUUGGGUGAAGACGCUUUUCCAUCCAAGGUGCUCGGGAACUCCCUGAUGGCACCAUACGAGCAAUCCGGCAGUCUGUAG